GCUCCCGCUAUCCUUCGCUACAAAAACGCGAGUCCUCCACCACCGACCUGAGACAUCUCGAGUGUACGAACGUCUGCAGAUCUUUUUGCCUGAGCGUGCAGCGUAUCCGUGUGCGACGUAGCCUGUCGUGCCUCGUGCCACGCUGUCGCUCGUUGAUUUUAACGUUGAUUUGACGCGAUAUCACUCUGCACUUUUGUGCUCCGAGAUGUCAACUCCGAUGAGGCUGCUGAGGCCGUCUCUUGCCAAGCUAGCGCCAUGCUCAUGUCAGACUGUACUCCACCGACGGGCAUUUUCCUCGAGUAGGAUUUCACGGCGUCCGGCCGAUCCUUCGGACGAUGCCGGCGGUCGAGCAGAGCGAAUUCGGGAUCGUGCUGCUGUCGGCCCAUUCACCUUGCGAGCAGGAGCAGUCUUUGCCCUGACUGGCGCAGGCUUGUACCUCUACUUUCAGAAUGAAAAGUCCAAGCUUCAGGAGCGCAAGAAGCAAGAGAUGGCAAACCAGAAGAUAGGCAGGCCAAAGAUCGGAGGCUCAUUCAAGCUGCAGACUACAGACGGCAAGGACUUUACGCAGGACGAUAUACUCGGCGGCUUCCAUCUGAUCUAUUUUGGCUUCACAAAUUGCCCGGAUAUCUGCCCUGAAGAGCUUGACAAGAUGGGCAAAGUUGUCGAUGAGAUCGAGCGCAUACACGGCUCCGGGACAAUACGACCUAUCUUUGUCACUUGCGAUCCUGCUCGAGAUUCGCGCGAAGCAGUUGGCGAAUAUCUCAAGGAUUUUCAUCCUAGGAUGGUAGGUCUGACAGGCUCUUACGACGAUAUCAAGAGAGCAUGCAAGGUCUAUCGUGUCUACUUCUCGACACCGCCAAAUGCCAAAUCGACUGAUGACUACCUCGUCGAUCAUUCGAUUUUCUUCUAUCUUAUGGAUCCCGAGGGCGCUUUCGUCGAUGCUUUCGGGCGAUCGUUCACCAAAGAAGACGUGCAGACCAAGACAGAUGGUUACAUACGCGAGUACAAAGGUGGCAAAAGAUGGAAAGAGUGAAGCGCGUCCUCGCUCAUGUGUCUCAUAUGUUGAUGCAAUAUCGAGUGCACAAGACUACAUACAUGUUGCGUGCGUGCUAGUGGUACGUG